AUGCCGGUUGCCUUUACUCGUUUUCCGGAUUUAGUUAAAAAAGAAAUUCUGGAUCUAAUGAAUUGCUACGAUUUAUUCAGCUUCAGUGAGACUUCAAAACGCUCUCGUUCUCUUUCACAACGAUCAGCUAAGCUUCAUAAAGGAAACAUGGAAAUGAUGUUCGGCGUUUUAACAGAAGCAUCAUUACGUUUUCCUUAUUUGAAGUUGACGUAUUCAAGUACAAGUCACUCUACUCACGAACUGCCAACCAGCCUAUAUUUAAAGUUCAAGGAUUCAAAAUUUGAGCACCUGGAAAAAUAUCUGAGUGUUUGUCAUUCUUCUCUUUUUGUCAACAUGACCAUCAGUAUGGUUUUCUAUUGUGCACCACCUUUCGAAACUGCUUUUCUUACUCUUGAACAUCUCGCUCAACUUGGCUACGCAAUGGAAGAAUGUGAUAUCCAGUCUGCUCCAGAUAACGAAGCGAUCGUCCGAACGUUGAUGAUUCUCAAAAAAGCAAAGAAUCUUUAUCUCAAUUGUGAACCAACUGAGGAUUUCAAGGAUUCUUUCGACUUCAAGACGCCAUUCACCGGAAGUUUGGAAAACGAAAAACUCCUGAUUUUGUCUUCGAAAUGGGUUUCAGCAUGGCAUGUGAUCAAUGUCUUCAACAUGUGCUGUGAAAUCACUCUUUUCGACUCAUAUUUCGAGGAGUCGGAGGUCAUCAAAAUUUUGAAAAGCUGGAGAAUUGGUUCAUCUAUAAAAUAUUUGAGAUUAGCAUUUGUUCCAGCUGGAUCGAACGAAGACUUUGGAGCAAAAAUGCUUGAGAUCAACGCGAAACCUGUUCCAGAGGCAGUCAAUGAGGAUCCCAACAUACCAAUCCCUCCCGUUCGCUCUUCGUGGUUACUCCAACAAGAGAACACCAAUGUCCAAGUUUUGAUCUCCAUCGAACAGCCUCAACACAAUAGAGAAAAGAUGUUUUUCACGAUGAAAAAGGAAACCAAACUUUUAUUGGAAGAUAAUAUUCCCGUUUAA